AGAUGGAUUUUGGCCAUACAUACGGCACAUUUUCUCAUCGAUUAAACAUUUGAUCUCAAUACAGUUUUCUGCUCCCAAAACUAGAAUAUGUUAUGAACGGAGUGGACUAAGUUUUGUAGACUUUACCCUUUGCUAAAAAAUCGCACUGUUCAGGAGUGCAAAUACGAAUUGAGUUGUAAAACACGCGCGCACUUCACAGAGUAGACGUUUUUUAACGGAAAUGUUUUCAUGUAUACUAGAACGCGCCAGUAGCAUCUCGCUAGCGCGUGCUUAGCUCUAUCCGCCUUCUUACUUGUUCUGCCCACUAUGACUAAUUUGUUCCCAUUGGAAACGACAAGCUGUCGUAUGUCUUGGUUUAGUUAUAAAAAUCGUUGACCUAGCGUCAGCCAUCCCAAUUGACUUCCUAAAACAGAAAACAUAGGGAUCAGUCCAGUGAGUGCAUUGAUAAUGAACCGAUCACUGAUUGGCUGAAGUUAUAGUUGCUCGUGCGCACUGCUUUGGUGAGGGAGACGGAGGUCAUAGGAGAGUAGUUGGAGGGACAGAGAUUUCUAGCGGCAUUGGGGCUUUGAGGGAGAAUGCUGCGCAGGACCGUCUCCUUCCCCAUCGAGGCGGGGCGGCUGCAGCAGCUGGGUCUAUUGGACUGUGCCUCCCACGGUGUGACAUCAUGCUCGGUGCUCGACCUCCCGUCUCUCCACCGAGGUCACCGGGGUUCACGACAACGGGAGGAUGAGUGGCAGGGCCGGUACCAGGGGCCUGCCAAGGCUGGCCAAUGGGAGGAUGAGCGGCAGGGCCGGUACCGUGGGCCUGCCGAGGCUGGCCAAUGGGAGGAUGAGCAGCAGGGCCGGUACCGUGGGCCUGCCGAGGCUGGCCAAUGGGAGGAUGAGCGGCAGGGCCGGUACCAGGGGCCUGCCGAGGCUGGCCAAUGGGAGGAUGAGCGGCAGGGCCGGUACCAGGGGCCUGCCGAGGCUGGCCAAUGGGAGGAUGAGCGGCAGGGCCGGUACCAGGGGCCUGCCGAGGCUGGCCAAUGGGAGGAUGAGCGGCAGGGCCGGUACCAGGGGCCUGCCAAGGCUGGCCAAUGGGAGGAUGAGCGGCAGGGCCGGUACCAGGGGCCUGCCAAGGCUGGCCAAUGGGAGGAUGACGGUGGGUUAGUGGUCACACCCUCUUCUAAUGGUAGCACCAGGGGACCCAGACGGAGGGGUUUGUAUGCCAGCUCAGACCAGCUAAGGUCAGACUCAGUGGAAGAUGAUGGCUAUGAUUAUGAAGAGGGGAAGCAGAAUGAUGAGUCGGUCAGGCUGUACGUGUCAGAGGAAGAGAGGAUCCUCAACUCUGCAGACCUGAGUUCAGAGGAGAGGCGUGAUGUUCUAGCAGAGUUGGUGUAUUCCCGAAGCAGACUGAAGCAAUUGAACUCAGAGCUGCAGAGAACAGUAGAGGUAGCCGAUGACAACAACACACUGCUACGCACCGAGAACACUGCCCUGCGCAACCAAGUCAAAGGGAUGAAGCAGUCGAUCCAUGAUGCAGAGCAGCUGAUGGAUGAGCUGGAGGAGAUCCGGAGCCUAUUGGUUGAGAAAGACGAUGCUACGGGCAAUCUGGAGGCCUACAUCAAACAACUGGAGAAAGAGAAGGAGAUUUUGGAGGACCAGAUCGAAACCAUCGGCAGUGAGAUGUCCCGUAUUAUACCAGACAGAGCCACUGACAAGAAGAAGAUCGUUAACCUCAGCCAGGCUCUACAAGCCUUACAGCUUAGACUCGAGGAGAGCAGACUCGCUUUGGAUCACAGGGAUGAGGUCCUACGUAAGAAGGACUUUGUAGUUGAGCAGCUGGGGCAGUCCCUUACAGAGUACUCCUCCAUUGCACAGGAUCUGAAGGAGAAGAUGAAGGAUCUGCAGAGCCAACUGGCAGAGGCCCUAAUUAAUGGAGGAGAGGGGGGUUACAUGGCAUUAGAUGGAACUCUGUCUGCAGCCACUCAGCGCUCCAUCUCUCUAGCAGAGGAACUGGGUCUACUGCCAUGCAUGAUGGAGGACUCUGAUGAGGUGCAGAGCGAGGAGAAGAUAGAGGAGGAGCAGAUAGUGGAGGAGAGGGUAGAAAGACAGGCGGAUGAGAAGAAAGAGGAGGUGUUUAAGGAGAAGAAACAGAUGCUAGAGGAGAAGUGUGGUGUGUGGUCAGAUAUGGUGAGAGGUGUCCGAGCAGCAGGAGGUUUCACCCUGGGUUUCCUGGUUCCUUUGGGUGUCCUGGUCUCCAUGGUCCCCGGCUGCUACGACCACUGUACAGGACUCGGCUUCACCAACACUUUCUGGUCUACAGCCAGAUACCUCAUACAGCCAUACUGCAAUGUGCACCACAUAGGCCUCCCCCCGCUGUAAUACACACCAGAGGGAGCUGGUGGGGGGAGCUAUAGAAGACUUAUUGUAAUGGCUGGAAUGGAAUUAUUAUCUACUUACCAACCUAUACGCAUAUCUACCUACAUAACUACCAACAUUCACACACACACACUUAAACAUGAAUACACACACACACAAUAAUACAACUCAAACCCUGAUAAUCAACCCUUCCAGGCUGCUAUGCUGCUGUCAACUCGGUGAAAGGUGAAAUAAAACUAAAUAAACUGGAAUAUGGCAUCAUACAUGGACAACUAGUUGUAUUUUAAAUGGAAAAAGUAGAGAAGAUUUUACAAUGUGUAUUAAUUUAUUUGUUAUGCACAUUUUAAAUUGACAUUUUAAAGGUUGGACUCAAUGUUAAUGUUUUGUUAUUUUUUUGUCUAAUUUCUGAAUAGUGUUCUGUACAGUACAGAAAUUCACUGCCACGUCAUGGUCUACUCUGUCAUUUAAUUAUUUUAUUCGUAACAUUCUUGAUUUCCCUGGUUUGAAUUUCAAAUAUUAUUUACAUUUAAAUAAAGAAACUUGUACAGUAA